AAACGCAAACGCGGACAAGAAAUGUUUUAUUUAUUGAUUGGACUUGGUCAGAACGUGGGAUUUCUUUUCAAAUGAUCGACUACUUGAAAGUAAACCCCAAUGUUUUCAUUCAUUCCUAUGAUUUUACCGAUUCAAGAAGAUAAUCAAAGCCCUAAAAUGAAGACCAAGCAAAAACAUAAAACGACCAUAGAAAAUCGAUAAAACUUAAAAGAAGUUAACCUCAAUCAACAAAAUAUAAACAAAUCAAUUCAAAAUGUUUUUUUCGGAUUCUUUUCUAUUUAUUUUAGCUUUAUUAGAUACUGGAGCAAUACUCUUCCUUUUGAUAUACUUUGUGAUAACACUUUCAGAUUUAGAAUGUGACUAUUUGAAUGCUCAACAAUGCUGUUCAAAACUAAACCAAUGGAUGCUGCCAAAACUUAUAGCACAUACUAUAUUAUCAUGCCUAUUACUUGUACAUGGGCAUUGGUUAUUAGUUAUGAUAAAUUUCCCUAUGGCACUUUGGUGUGGCUAUGAGAUAUUAUCGAUACCUAGUGGAAAUCUUGGUGUUUUUGAUCCAACUGAAAUCCACAAUAGAGGACAACUAAAAAACCACAUGAGAGACUGUAUGAUACACUUAGGAUAUUAUCUAUUAUUCUUCUUCCUCUAUCUUUACUGCCUCAUCAUUUCUUUUUUGAAAGAUGACCCUCUAAAUAGAGAUGAAGAAGAUGACGUGAUAUUCUGAAAAUUCCUCCUCCGAUAUGUAUAUAAUAAAUUUAAUUUAUUCUUCAAUUAUAUCAAUCGUCUAAGUCAUUUUGUUAUAUUUAUACUUUGUUAAAGAUCUAUGUACAUUCUAAGUAACUUCGCAACAAUUCUAAACCAAAGUUAUUCCAUUUGUAAUUAUCAAAAUAAGUAUUACUUCCAUGAACAACUAGCUUGAAUAAUAAAAAUUUACUAAUUG